CAAAUGUCAAAGCUCAUUCAUUGUUGAUCAGAGAUCUCCUGACAUCAGGAAUCAGGAUGAGAUUCAGAACCAGACGGUGCAUCCUUGCAGACAUCCUGCAGAGCUUGUUUUGUGGCACCAUACCGUAAUCUUAGAUCUAGGGAGAUUUCUUGGUGGCGCUUCUCCUAAAGAGAAACUCGAUACCUAGCUGAAUCCAUCAGUUCGUUGAUUCCUAGCGGGAGGCUUGUUUUCCAUAAGAUCUAUCAUUCCCUGCUGGUGUCACGCAAUUUAGCCUGGAUGCCCGUUUGAAAUUCCUGAACCAUGGCGCAGGAAGGUCGAAAAGGGCCAAUGGAGCAAGACCAGAACCUCCCGCCCACGCCGCUGUCCAGAAAGCAACAGCUCGAGCAAUGGCAGGCACAGAAGCGCAUGAGCGUGGAGUCGAGCAAGAUCAUGAAGGGGACACCUGUGAAGGAGACCCCCACUUCUGUGAGAUUGGCCGUUACUCCUUUAGCAAGAGCCUCCCAACCUUUCAUUACCCCCAGCACAUCAAAAGCCGCACCGAGUGGGGCUCCUUUGGGCAACAACCCAGCACUUGUCAACUCAGAAGCAAACACGCCGCAAGCAGACCGGACAGCCAAGUACCUCCACAACGCCUCAGCCAAGCCCGCAGGCAUCCUGUCCCCCGUCAAGAUGGGCUACCCCCAGCGGACGCCUUCUAAAGUUGGGACUCCAAAAGCUGCUCGAGUGCCGCUUCCCGCCCCAGUAGAGAGUUCCAGACCAGCCCGGGUGGCCCUGCCUCGAACCCCCCUGCCCAGCAACGGCUUUAAGUGCCCCCCAUCAUUUGAGCAGAAGAAGGCCAAGGAGUGGACGCCCUUCAAGGGAGUGAUGACCGGGCCGCUUGAAGCCAUUGCGGGGAGAGUGGCUGCCCUGAAGGGUUCGCUCACUCCUCAAGGGAAGGGGAAACAGGCAGGAGAAACCAGUGCCAAACCUGCAAGUGCUCUGGACAGUGAGGGAAGCCUUGGGGCAACUAGAGGUGUGGGGAAGGGCCAACUGCCGGCUAUGAAGAAUGAAGUAGAAGGAGUGGAUGUCGAGCAGGCGGCGCACUCAAGCUACUGGCUGGGGAGGAUCCGGGAGGCGGAGGUGCGGGGGGACCAUGGUUCCGUGAUCACUCUCUUUGAGCAGGCAGUGGAGUUCAACGCCCAGCCUGCGGUUGACCUUGUCAAAGCACUCCAGCAGUACCGAGCAAAGCACAUGGGGGGGCGCUCAACACAGCCUGAUUCCCAGCUGGAGACAGGACUGCCCAAGGGGCAAACUUUUGACACCCCCACCGCAACACUGUCUCAGAGGCAGGGGAGCCAACCAGGGGCGGAGGCACAGGGCUCCAAAGCAGAGGGUCCGGUCACGAGAACACCCGCACCAAACGUGCUCGACACUGCUUUACUGCCCGCUGUGGCUCCUGAAAAAGCCGUGGAUGGUUCUGGGCAGAUUGAGGAGACCGGGGACAAGCAGGUUGCCCAAGGAAAUGGAAGCAGGGACAGUGGUACAGGCGCCGUUGUUCAGAGAGCUGCUUCUCCGCCUCUUACAAUGGUAAUCGUGACACCUGUCAGUCCGUCUGAGAGGGAGCGGCAGGCGAAGGGGGGAGUCCAGCGGGAAGGCUCACCUCCAGCCCAGGAGAAGGGAGAAGAUUUCCAGUUCUACCUGACGCCCGUACGUCAGAGCCCAGCAAGCGCGACCCUCAUGGUAGAAGCAGCAGAAGGUCCAGAAGAAAUUGGUGUCGCCCAUCAGGAGCCGAACCCCGUCACUUCCAUCCCGACCGUCACUGCCCCGCGCUCGGACAAGCAAGAUGGGUCCACCAGCCCCGAGACCGAGACCGACAAAACGGACGAGCUCCCUCCCUUACCCCCCUUCUCGAACCCGAUCUACGCCUCCCCCCCAGGCGAGAGCAGCCCAACGACUCUGCUGCCGCAAAAUGGGCUUCCGCUAACCCAACCCCAAAACUCCGGUUUCCAAACCCCCACCUCCGGCCUCAAGAUUUCCAAAGCCUCCGGCCACCAAACCCCCAAAGCAUCUGCUCUCCAAACCCCCAAGGUCUCCGGUCUCCAGAUUCUCAAACCCUUCGGUCUCCAUACCCCCGAUUACUCUGCUCUCCAAACCCCCACCCCCUCGCGCCUCCAGACUCCUAAAGCUUCCGGGAGCCCGAUGUCCUUCCCAAGGUCGCAGUCCUCUCCCGAAACUCCCGAGGGACCCGACGCCGUCGACUUCAACCCAGCAGGGGGCUCCCCGCACACCCCCAGGACCCCCGCGUUCCGAGGUGCAGCGCCGGCCGCCGCUGACCUCAUGCUGACGCCAGCGGUGUCCCCGCUUGGGUGGCAGCCGGACGCGGGCGGGCAUGGGCCGCAGGAGCCGGGCUCGGGGCCGGGCCAGAGCACGCCAGCCGCGAUCCAAAUGCCGAGCGUCCAGCGGAGCGCGUCUCGCGUCACGCCUGACGUCAUCCGGACGCCCGGGCUCUCGCGGCGGCUCCUUUUGGACGGGGAGGAGCCGGCUCGCACGCCGAACCGGACGCCGCUUUCACGGUUUGCUCUCAAGUCGCCAAACGGAGGGGCGAGGCGGGUGCCGCUGUUUGGCGGAGCGGAAAAGCUGACACCGGCAAAGGUUCCGGCACCGGGGAGCACAGUUAGGGCCGCGGGUGGUGUCAAAGAGGUGGCGGAUGGGAGGCUGACACCAACAGUGCGGACUGAAGGGGGAGGCGUGAAUGGUGGCAACGCAGUAGCUUCAGAGAAGCUGACACCGGCGACAAAAGCGAAACCUGGUGCUGCAGUGGAACUUGCGGCUUGUGUCAACGCAAUGGCUACUGAGGCGGCCAGCGAGAAGUCGCAAGCCGAUUCUGAGGGCACUCUGACGUCACAUCUUGACCAAGUCACCGAGUUCCCAGUCGUGCUGAACGGCGGAAAGAGCCUCAAACCCUCGCCUUUGAAUCUUCCGGGGGCCGCUAAACCGGCAUCGUCGCCCAAGAAUGUUUCUGUUCCAAUGGCGCACAUGGCAGGAGUUGGGGCCGGUCAUCAAUCGGACUGUGCGGCUGACGCGAACCAGGGGGGCAAGAAUGGAGUUGAAGUUGACCCCCCGGAAGGGGAGCACUCUGCUCUGAAGGGUUUCGUCCGCAUGCUUGCGCACGUGGCGACUGAGACGGCUACUCAAAAGCGCUCAAAACAAAUCGGGGCGUUGCAAGCUCGGUACGAGGCCGUUCUGAAGGGCGACUUGGGGGCCGAGGAGAGAGGCCUUGUUCGGGGCACUGCAGGCGCGGGAAAGUCUUCACUCACAAAUUACCAAGCGCUUGUGGAGCCACGUGACACUCGCAACUGGCGCAAGGGGGACGUCCAUCACCAGGGCAGCGGGCACAAUGUUGAUCGCGUGGAGGAUGCUGUGGCAGACACCAUGCGCAGCCCGAAGAAAGGGGCCAGCGAGGUUGAGCGAUGGCUCAGGCGAGCCCGGGGGCAAGCGUCGCCGGUAACGCCAGCAGACAGAACGGGUCUGAACGUUACACCCGUGAGCCAGGUUCGUGGAGUGGACAAAACGGGCCUGGUGCCGGUAACGCCAGCAGACAGAACGGGUCCAAACGUUACACCCGCGAGCCAGGUUCGUGGAGUGGAGAGAACGGGCCUGGUGCCGGUUGAGGAGAACCAGACGGUGGUCGACUUUCCGGCUGUGGAAGACAACGGCGCAAGCCCUGAUGCCGCCAGAUCGACUGAGCCUGCGGCCGAUGUAGAUGCGGCGGGUGUGAAUACGUCCGGAAAGGGACCCAGCGCCGGUGUGAAGACGCCCCGUUUCGGUGUGCGUACGCUCAGAAACGGACGGAGCCCGAGGGAGACGGUGGGGCGCAGCCGGGGAGCCACCGAAACAGGGGGCGUGAACACGCCCGUACGAGGUGGGAAUCCGCUCGCGCAGGGUGUGAAUACGCCCAAGAGCGGGUCGAAGGGCACGCCGAUGCUGCGCCAGGAGAGGGCGCGGCUGCCGCACCUGGUCAUCGACAACAGCAAGAGGACACCGGUAACUGGGGGCCGCCCUGGCCGCGGUGGCAGGUUCAACAGCCUGGUGGAAACCCCCCCGAAUGCGCGCUCGUCUUCACAGCCCGAGAUUAUAACGCCAGGGGCCGCCACAGCCGAAGAGUGGGCCGCAGCAGCAGACCAGAUCCACCAGAAUCAGGUCGACCCCUCGGUUAGCCUUAACCCAGCCGCUUUCGGCUCUCCCGUGAGCCCGGUGAACGAGACCGGUUCGAGCCCCGAAACCCCUCCCCCUUCGGACACUUCCCCCGAGGUCUCCCCGAACCUUGCUCCGCUUCUCGAGAGGCUCAACCUGGUCUCACCACGUACCUGCGUUGGACUGAUCACACAUGGCGACCAAACCUUGUUGAGCGUCUCGAAAAGCACCCCAGCGCGCCAGCUGUCCUCGCGGUUCACGCCCAGCCGUCUGAGCCGGCCCGCAGCAAGCUCAAAUUCUCCCCCGGUGGAUACCCCCGAUCAGAGUAAGUCCACCGUCGCUAGAAUGGCGGGUGACCGGGGGCUGAACUCCGGGGGCAAGAUGCUGGGGAGCCCUGCGCAGCGGACGCCCGGUUUGCACGGGGGGCGGAGUGCCGGGAAGACCGGCACCCGGGAGCUGCGCCAACUGGCAGGGGCGCCAAAGCUGCUCGGCCAAGGCGCCGCAGCCGCCCCGGCCGCGACAACGAUUCUGUCGCCCGUGCGCGCGAGCAAGCACGACCGGGCGGCCCUCGGAGCGGACCGAUUCGUGCUGUCGCCGGUGCGGCGGUCCGGCCGGAAGCCGGUCGGGGAGGGGGCCACCAAGCAGACCAAGAGCGAAGUGGAGGAGCUGCUCGAGAUGACAGGUUACACUUACACGCCCAACAAGGCCCUCUCCGAGCCGACCAGCGCGCGCAAGACCCCCGCCGCCCGCCGGAUGGCGCAGCUCACCAGCGGAGGUAGCCCGCCGGAGCUCGCGGCGCUCGAGGACGCUGCCACGUGUCAGGACGAGGAAGACGCCACGUGGCAUCAUGUGGGUGCCGAAGAAGACGCUUAUGCUGGGGACGAGGGCAACGGGAUAGGGGGAGAUGUGAACGGGGACUUGGAAGUUGGUGGAACGGCAGAGAUUAAUGCAGAAGCACAGGAAGCGCUUGUUGGUAUGGAAAGCUUCAAGGGCGUCGGAAAGAAGGUCGGAAUCUAUGAUCUGGCGAGCAGCCACGGAGAAAGGCCAGGGCAAGACGAGCGCAUGCCAAGUGUGGCAGUGUCCGACGGGGCACCGGAAAAGAUGACGUCAGCGGAAGGUGCCCCAGUAGUGCUGGCUUUUGACACCCUGCCCAAGGAGACUGAGGCACUAAGUCAAGAAGAUGGUGUGAAUGCGGUCGGCGAUGUGGAGAGCUUGCUAGUGAGAGAGGGCGGGGUAGCUGUUCACACCAAGAGGACGACUCGGCGGUCGGCAGCUGCUACUGUGAAGGCGCCCAAAACGCAGUGGGUUGUUCGGGAGGGUUCGGCGGAGGGGUUAGCGGCAAACCCUCGGCGGAAAGCAUCUGAGCGGAAGUCGGUGGCUCUGGGAACGAGUUCCGCUGGGCAGACCAAGCGGAAAGACUCCGUUCGAGAGGAAACUGGACUUCUUGAAAACAGUGCUUCAGAGAGUGCGGGAGACAAGCUUACGAGGAGCGAGGUUGAUGUAACCGGAGGAGAGGGUUUGGCAGACGAAGGAGGGUUAACGACCGAGAGUUCCGGUGAGAGGGGGCUGCGUAGAGGCAAGGCGGGGAUAAAGACGGUUAGCUUUGCGGCCAGGGUCGAGGCGGGGGUCAGUGAUUCGUUUAAGUUGGCGGUUAGCGGGAAGGAUGUCGGGUUGCAGGCUCACAACGGGCAGGGUUUUAAGGAGAGGGUUACGAACGGAAGGGCUGGUAACCGCCGCAAGAGUUUGGGAGCCGGACUUUUGGCUGGACACGAAGUCGAGAAAGAGACCGGCGAUGUUGCUAGCGCCAACGGUGGUCAGGAACUAACCACCGAGGAAACCGGGGCCAAGCAGACUCGGAAGCAGGCUGGUGGCCGGAAGAGGGUUAGCUUUGCGGCUUCCCCUAACCCCAUUGGUGCGAGUGAGACCGCAGAAACGGAACGGCGUUCGAAGAGUAAGGCGGCGCAGGCAGCCGCACGAAGGCAGAGCGUGGGCGCCGGAGUUCUGCCCCCCGGAAACGCUGACGUCAGCGAGGAAGUGCCUGCAGUUCACGGGUCCGUGCCUGCUGUCGUCAGCGUAGUCGUUACGGCGACUGACGUGGCGGGUGCGCCAACUUCGCAGUCUGCAAGCGAGCAAGAAGUUGCUGGGAAUGGCGCGAGAUCUGGCGUCAAAAAGGCACGUGGGCGGCGCGCUGUUGGAAAGAAGGUUGCGGCUAGCGAAGGCGAGUCGCACGGCGCGCUUGCGGACGGAUCGAGUGAUGUUCUCCAGAGUGUGGAGCCUGCGACGGCCUCGGCGACCGGAGCAAAGGGCCGCCCUGCGAGGAGCAAAGGGGCGGUGUCUGAUGGGGCAGAAAAAGAGGGAGUGACGUCAGCAGGGAGGACACGUGGCAGCCGGGCGGGAGAGGGUGCGGAGUCUGCGGGAACAGGAGAGGAGAGUCCGCAGAAACGGGGCCGGGGGAGGAAGCGAGCGGUUGAGAAGGUUGAUGGGCCGGUGAACGGGCACGGGAAUGGGGAAGCUUUGCAGCCAGCGGCCAUAACCGGUGAGACUGUGGAAACCAUCGCGCGUCAGGUGCCGGUCGGUUCGAGCCGAACCGGGCGCAAAUCCACUGUACCGAGGUCUGAGGCCUCAGCAGCCCAGUCGGAAGCGGGCCCGGUCGGAAAGGCAGCGGUCGGGGGAGAACGCCGGGCACUUGCUGACAGCACUAAUUUCCAGGAAGGAAAGAAAGCGACUGGUACUCGGGGCCAGGGAGCGGUCAAGGGAAAAGCAAAUGAAGGGGCCGGGCCCGGAAAAAGUGUGACUACGGGCGAGAGUGUAAAGGAACCCGCUGACGUGGCGGUUGGAACGCGCAUCGAGGUAUGGUGGCCGGACGACAAGAGGUUUUAUGGCGGAAUUGUCACAGACUACAAGGCUCGCAACGGAAAGCACAAGGUUUGCUGGCUUGAGCUACCCUCGGUUUUCAUCUACAAUUUCCAGACCUUGUGGUUCUGUACGACGAUGGCGACUCAGAGGAGUUGCUUUUGUCAAGCGAGCUGUGGCGGCUGGAGAAAGGGCGCCCCGCAAGAGGGCGAGUUCUGGCUCGGGCAAAAUGAGCUUGCACCGAGCCGCCAGAUUGUCGGUCGAGGAGCUUUGGAGCACGUAGAGCUUAGAGGGACAGCGUAGACCAAAAGAACCUCUUCAGCAUAGGAUUUGUUCAGUCCUUGUCCGCCCGUCAGAUGCACAUCCACCUUUGUCUCUGGUCUCGGCCAAGUUCUUGUCGUAUCUGAUUGGGCACAGAUGAUCCUGCCGCCUUCUGAGUCGAUACAAAUUCAGCACGAUAUGCUUAAAGCACAUUAUCUGAGUGUUGUGUCCACGUGUCCUAUUAAUAUUUGUUGACGAU